CAAUCUCGUCCGAAUUCCUGUACCUGUGAUUGUAGUAGUAGUAGUAAAACUCUCACUGAUGUACUCUGUAUCCUCGUUCGGAAUUGCCUCCGCCGCUCCACUACCAUAGUUCCUAUUACUCUUGCUUUCUCUUUUCUCUUAUAUCUGACACUUUUUGUACAGCCAUGACUGGUCAGAUGCCAUUCUAACUAUCCUGUCGCGCCAAAAUGGGGUGGAUAAUGCGCUCCGAUGGGCCAUGUUUCUGCCCCGACUCUUCCCGACCUGACUCAACUGGCCAUGGCUGAAUCCUUUUUUGUCUCCUUCUGUGCCGUCGCAACGGUUGUUUUGGUGCACCCUCACGUCCUUUUUUCCCUUUUUAAUUCUCUUUUUGCCUCUGACUAAAAGAGGCAAUCCAUGCUUGGUCGUUUGACUUUUCGGAAUGUGGUGGAUUCGUCGUCCUCAGGGGCCUCUCAGCCAGAAUCGCAUACUACUUAAUACCAGACUUCCCAGGUCAUCUCGUUCUUCUCUUUUUUCUUCUCAUAUCGCAUUGUCUUCUUUGAACCUCUCCACUCCUCAAGCAACUGGCAUUCGUUGCAAGGGUACUUUGACUACAUCCAAUUCCAUUAUGGCUCGUUUUCCUCCGUCUGCGCAACAAAGUCGGCCGGUCCACGCCACUUCCCACAUGGGUCACCAGGCUCCUGCUGAGGGAAGCUAUGACACUGCCAAUCCCUCGUACAUUCGCAAAUACCUCCGUACUUACGGACUCACUCCUCCGCGCGCAGAAUCAUACGAGACCCAGAAGACACGAUGCCUGGCUCAAUUGGCUCUGAAGACCACUCCCAUCGACAAGUUUCUCUACCUGAGCACUCUUCGCAAGAACAACGUUCACCUCUUCUACCGUCUCGUCUCAGAUCAUCUUAGAGAAUUGACUCCUCUCAUCUACACUCCUGUGGUUGGUGAGGCUUGUCAACGAUGGUCCGAGAUCUACCAGCAGCCUGAAGGUAUGUACCUGAGCUGGGAAGACCGCGGUAACCUCGCGGCCGUCAUUGCCAAUUGGCCUGAGUCCAACGUGGAGAUCACUUGUAUUACCGAUGGUUCUCGUAUUCUGGGCCUCGGUGAUCUUGGUAUCAACGGUAUGGGUAUCCCGAUUGGAAAGUUGGCCCUCUACACUGCCUGUGCUGGUAUCCGUCCCGAGGCUACUCUGCCCUUGACCCUGGAUCUUGGCACCAGCAACAAGACUCUCCGGGAAGACCCGUUGUACAUGGGUAGCCGCCACGACAAGAUUACCGCGGAAGAGGAACGGGAAUUCAUGGAUGAGCUGAUGGCCGCUUUGACCGAGCGUUGGCCGGGUAUUGUGAUCCAGUUCGAAGACUUCAAGAACCCGUUCCCCGCUCUGGAGCGUUACCGUGACACUUAUACGUGCUUCAACGAUGAUAUUCAGGGCACUGGUGCCGUCAUCCUCGGUGGUGUCAUCAACGCAGUCAAGCGCUCUGGCCUUCCCUGCAAGGACCAGCGUGCCGUCUUCUUCGGUGCGGGCAGUGCUGGUGUUGGUGUUGCUAAGCAGAUCGUCGACUUCUUCGUGCGUGAGGGCAUGACUGAGGAUGAGGCUCGCGCGUGCUUCUACUUGGUCGACACCAAGGGUCUGGUCACCACCGACCGGGGUGACAAGCUAGCCGACCACAAGGUCUACUUUGCCCGCACAGACAACCAAGGCGAGCAACAUAAAACUCUCGAGGAGGUGGUUGAGCACGUCAAGCCUACCAUCCUCAUGGGUCUGUCAACCAUUGGCGGUGUUUUCACUCCCGAGAUUCUCCGCAAGAUGGCCGAGUGGAACACCGCCCCCAUCAUCUUCCCUCUUUCUAACCCCUCUUCCAAGUCCGAGUGCGACUUUGAAAGCGCCAUCACCAAUACUGACGGUCGCGCCCUCUUCGCCUCUGGUUCCCCCUUCCAACCUACCUCCUUCACCAACUCUGCCGGCGAGACCCGCACUCACUACCCCGGUCAGGGUAACAACAUGUAUGUCUUCCCCGGAAUUGGCAUGGGAACCAUCCUUUCCAAGGCCGUCAAGGUCACCGACAGCAUGAUCUACGCUUCUGGCGAGGCCCUCUCGCAGGCCCUGACUGCUGAGGAGAUUGACCGUGGUCUCCUGUACCCCGACAUCACCCGCAUCCGCGAGGUCAGUGUUGUGGUUGCCCGUAAGGUCAUCCGUGCUGCCCAGGAAGCCAAGGUUGACCGCGAGACCAACCUGCGCACCAUGAACGAUGAGAGCCUGGACGCCUGGAUCAAGGCCCGCAUGUAUAACCCUCACACCGAGGUCCGCGCUCUCGAGAAGGAGGUUGGCGCUCUGCUGUCAAGUCUGGGCUCGUUCCCGGCUCUGAAUGGAUACGAUGAGAACGCUAAGCUGUAAGCGGCAAACAUUUCCCUUUCGUCUCAUUUGUCGCGGAUCUACAAAUCCUGGCAAAGCAUCUUGGCACCUCAUUUCGGGCUUGGUUUUUCUUUUGGUUUUCUAAAUACUGGCUUGUCCAGGCGAUUCUGAUUUCGAGCGUCCUUCCGGUUUUUUGUUUCCUUCCUUUCGCAUCGAGGAUGCACUGUGUGUAUUCCUCUUAUACCCCGUUCUUGGUUUAUAUAGUGACUCCCGAUCUUGACUGGUCUUGGUUGGGAGGUGUGCAUUGAUUGUCUACGUUGGAUAAUAAAAAUUGUGGUUAUUCAUGGAC